GAGAGCGGAGGAGACAGAGAGAGAGGCUGUGUUUCAGCAUGCAUGUGUGUGAACCAAAGAAGGGAGCUGUUUUCUAGCAUGCGUGCUUGUGUGUGUGCGCAUCCACCUUAUUUUAAAUGCACUCCUUAGAGAGAGAGGGUCAUGUCUGCACAAUGUGUUUGAGGGGGGGAAAUCAAGCUGGCUGCAUGAAAUCAGUGUGACUCAAACACAGUGUUCAGCGAGAGACGGACCCUUGGAGAAUCAGGCAAGGACAAUCGCAUUUAACCACUGUCUCAGGAAACAGAACUAGAAAACCAUCAGGCCCCUGCAACGUUCUCUGCUCUGAAAACUAAUCUUUAAAUGCACAUGCUCAGUGCUGAGAGAGAAUUGCUUUGAUUGGAACUCCCUCCGUGUUCACAAACACACACACUUGCACACAGAGACUUCCCUGUUCCGUUUCUGCUGAGGGCACAGAUUGAAAGACUGAAAAGAUUUUUCUUUAGAAGCCCAGUAUGAACUCAAGACUGAACUUGACAUGUUUUUCUAUAGUGGAAAUAUAAAUCAUUUUGCAAAAUAAAAACACCAAUACGGAAUUAGAGUAUUUUCUUGGUGAAGAGGAAGGAAAUCUGUGCGUGAUCAUCUCAAAUUGCGAGCCACUGUGAACAAGUCAACAGGAGCGCUACACCAGCAAAGGAGGCCAUGACAUCACAUGGAAAACUGAGAAAGGAAAAGGGGUGUCUGGCGGAGUAUGAGACUCAAAUCAAAGAGGUGCGUGGUCAGCUAUCAGAGCAGCUAAAAAUCCUAGAUGCGCAGCUGGAGGUCAAGACCCAGCAGCUGCAGGAUCUAAGCGAGUACCUGCGCAGACGAGGGGAGAUUGAGGCCGAAUAUGCCCGCUCUCUGGAGAAACUCAGCGAGAAGUUUACAGUGAAGACUAAGAGGAAGGAGCAGUUGGACCUGUCGGUGGCUCAGUGCUGGUCUGUUCUGCUGACCCAGACCAGGCAGGAGAGUAGAGAUCACAGUUCACUGAGUGAGCUCUGCGGCAACACACUCACGCAGCGGCUCUCACACUGCAUAGAGGACACACACCGCCUGGCAAAGCGGAGCAAGGAGGUGGGGCUCCAGAUGCAGGAUGAGCUCUUGAAAGUCACCACAGAGAUGCAGACGGCUUUGAAGACGUAUCAUCAAUACCACAUCGACUGUCUGGCUGCUGAAGGAAAGCUCAAAGAAGCCACACGUCUUGAGGAGAAACAGACGGGCAAGUCAUCUGAUCUCGGGCUCAUCCAAUCAGGGGGUCAGAGGCGCAGCUCUGUGAAAAAAAUCGAGAGACUGAUGGAGAAGAGACAAGGGAAAGUACAGGAAACUCAGCUGAAGUGCACUAAAGCUCGUAACGACUACUUGCUCAACUUGGCAGCAGCUAAUGCCUCCAUGAAUAAGUACUAUCUGGAGGACAUUUGCACUCUGAUUGAUUGCACAGAUCUGGGGUACCACCUGUCUGUGUCUAGGGUUAUACGCGGAUACCUCUCCAACAGAAACCGAACACUCCAGAAUAUGAAAAACGGCUUUCAGCAGCUAGACACGGCAGUGACUGGACUCAACCAGAGCCAGGAUAGAGAUGCUCUGCUUCAGGCCCACAACACUGCGUUUUGCCUGCCUUUCCGCUUUCAGUACCAGCCCCAUGAAGGAGACCAGGUGUGUGAGGUGAGCGCAGAAGGCCAGGUGAGGUAUGAGCUUGAGACCAGAUUCCAGCAGCUUCAGUCCAGACUGGCAUCCGUUACCUUGGAAACUGACGAGGUCAGUAAGACACUUAAGACAACACACUCAAAUCUUCUGGAGAGCAUCUGUGAUGAUGAUUGCAUCCCCGCCCCGGACGCCUCCGCCGCCCCAUCAGUGGAGAGCACGGGUGACGGAACAGGAGCCAAACCCAGCCUUGCCAAACGCAGAGCCAAUCAACAGGACACAGAGACCUUCUACUUUACAAAAGUGAAGGAGAAUGUAAGCGGCAGCUCUCUGAUCUCCAAACUCGAAGCCAAGCAUGACCUACUUAAAGAGGCCAUACAGAAAGCUGAGGCCAUUGAUAGCGAUCCCUCCAGAAUGCAGCCUGGUAGGGCAGUGCGUGUGCGGAAAGCCAGGCCCUGCUCCCAGUACAACCACAAACUCUUCUCUGGAGACAUGCUCUCCUUCAUUCAGAGCUCAGGGCAACAGAUCCCCCUGGUGGUGGAGAGCUGCAUUCGCUUCAUCAACCUGCAUGGUCUGCAUCAUGAAGGCAUUUUUAGAGUUCCUGGAUCACAGACUGAAGUCAAUCAUAUCAGGGAUGCCUUUGAAAGAGGAGAGGACCCGCUCACGGACACUGAGAGUGACAUUGAUUCAGUGGCAGGGGUUCUGAAGCUGUAUUUCCGAGGUCUAGAAAAACCUCUGUUCCCCGAGGAAAGCUUUAGCCGUCUCAUGGAGUGUGUCCAGAUGGAAAACAUGACAGAAAAAGUAGUGCAGAUUAAGACGAUAGUCUCGACCUUCCCCAGACCCGUCAUCAUAGUGAUGCGCUAUCUCUUUGCCUUCCUUCAUCAUGUCUCUCAGUACAGUGAUGAGAACAUGAUGCAGCCGUAUAACCUGGCCGUGUGCUUCGGCCCCAGUCUGCUCAGAGGGGUGGAGAUGGGUGGUGAUGAAGUGACCCUGGCACCUCAGAUCAAUGACCUUGUCAAGACCAUGAUCCUCCAUCACGAGAACAUUUACCCAGGGCCAUCCGAACUCCCGGGCCCUGUCUAUGAGAAAUGCAUGACUCUGGAGCAGGAGUACUGUGAACCCAUCACAGAGGAGUGCGAGGGAGAAGCUGAACAUCCUCCCAGUGAAGAUGAGUGUGAGGCUGUGGCCAUGUUUGAUUAUGUUGCACGCUCUGCAGCCGAGCUGUCAUUCAAGCAGGGUGACCACCUCCUACUACACAGCAAGGUCUCUGCUGAUUGGUGGAGAGGGGAACUAGGAGGAAUGAGAGGCCUGAUCCCCCAUAAGUACAUCAGUAUGGUUGAGGGGGCGGAGCGUAAGGAACGAGGGAAGAAGGAUGACAACAAAGGGGGAAGCACAGGAAACCUAUCAGAAGAACAGCAGCAGUCUGAACAGAGCACCAGGAUGAGAGUGAACAGUGACAGCGCUUCUUUGCCCUGCCGGCAGAGGACCAGCAGUGGAGGAAGCAGUAUAGGUGGAGGCAGCAGUGGGAAUGUGAGCCCCAUACGGAAGCUCACCCUGCAGGUGCCCGAGGGACGACUCAUCCUUCCUCCUCAGUCAGCUGCACGCCAAUUUUCAGGUCAUCAAGAGCGCAGACACACUUUGGACAGUCUGAGGCCAGUAGGAGGAGCAGCCGACAGACAGACGGUACAUAUCGACAAGGAGGUCAGUCGCCAGAUGAACUCUGUGUUUAGGGAGCUGUUGUCUCGUCAACCUCCUCUGGAAGUCUCGGGUUCGAGCGCUCCCCCCUCCUCUCCCCCUGCAUCUGUCCCGUCGGUUGCCUCCGCUGCGGCUCGACCUCCGGUGAAGAAGGGAGGCUUCGGCCUGCGCAGCAGAGGUCUCUUCAAACCCCAAGACCAGCAGGACUGAGGGAGAGGAAGGGAUGUUAUACGAGUGAAUCUGAGUAUGAGUGUUGGGGGGACAGCAAACUCAUCACAGAUAUGAAUAUAUUUUUCCAGACAUACAAUAUAUGGUACUCUUUACGCCUUAUUAACUAUUCGUGUGAGACCACGUCAUUGAUCCUAAUAUUGGUUGUAUUUGUGUUUUACUAGCUUUGAUAACAGUUAAUCUGGUCCUCGGUUAAGAAUUUCCUACUCUAAUCAUUCACCGCAGUGAUGUCCAAUGUGUCUGACGUUUUUGACUGUAGAGUUGGCUGUGUUCUUUUGGAAAAACAUAACUAUCUGCUGAUGAUGUAUUCAUGGAGCACCAUGGGGUCCCUCAAAGCACAUAGAUUCUGAUUGGGAAGUGAAUUGUGGGAAUGAUGUCCAUGACAGAGAGUCCACACUGUAAUUUAUAUAUAGAUGUGUCACUCUGAAUGUAGCAAGAGAUUAAUGAAGGCCACUCAGAUGUUUGCGAACCAAGAGAUCUACUUUAGGUGUUUUUUUUUUUUGUUUUUUUUUUUUGCUUUUUGAUAUUAUGCAUAGCUCGAGUAGUUCAAGGUACGACAUGAUGAAUAUUAAAAUGCUCCAGUGUUUAUUUUUAGAUGAUUCAUUUGGGUUUUUUUUUUAUCAUUUGCUAUUUAAUUUUUUUUUUUUUUUUUUUUUACAUUUAAUUGCAUUACUAUUUUUACAAUUAGUUGCAUUACAAUGGAUUAUUCUUUAAAAAGCAUUCUGUUGUAAAGGAACCAGCACAUAUGCAUGCAAUGUGCUGGGAUGGUCUCGCGUGGGAACAGGUGGGACGGCCAAAAUAAGCACAGCUCUGUAGCCUUUUUUUAUCCCGCCGGCUCCAUGUGAAAAAGACAACUGUGAAGAUAAGUGCCACAAAGCAGCUCAGGAACUGUCCAACAGAGAAGUGACUGGAGAAAAGAACAAACUGUGAAAAGGCACAUGUAGUCACAGGAAGUACAAUGGCACUCACUUCCUUUUCGCUGCACAUAUUAAUGCCUCUGGUUACUGGUCCCCUCUCGACUUCCACCCCAUCACCCAUCCCUUCCCCUUAGCAGUGUGUGUCUCUGGUAGAUGAUGUCAUCAUUGAUAUGUGGAUUAUAAUAUUAUCGAAAUAAAUUAUAGAUUCUAAAAUA